ACAUUGCAAUCUAAAUCUACACAAACGCAUCUGAGAAGAAAAAAAGCACUGAGAAAUUAAUCGAUUCAUCAAGAAUCACCCAAUGGAGGAUACUCUUUCAUCUUCAUCGCUGCUUCCUCACAUUGAUCUCACCAAGGAUCCAAAGGCUCUGGAGCCAGGGACUCCUCAAUGGGAGGCCACAUCCCGGGACAUCCGCCAAGCCCUGGAGACCUACGGCUGCUUCUUGGUGGACUAUGACUCCGUCUCCCGCGAGCUGCGGGAGGCUAUGUUUGAGGAGAUGGAGUCUCUGUUUGCUCUUCCGGCCGAGACUAAGCGCAAGGCGGCCGAGGGAUUACCGCGGACAUCUGUGGUGUUGCCCGGACAAGAUCCAGACGCGUACGCGCCACUGCACCAAGUGCUCACUACUGUGGGCGUGCAGGAGCCUGAGGUUGCUCAGGCUCUGACGGAAUUAUUGUGGCCUGAUGGCAACGACAAAUUCCGCCAAGCCUUGCAGUCAAUGAGCAAGAAGAUGGGAGAAUUGGCUCUUGCACUGAAGAAGAUCAUCUUUCAAAGUUACGGCCUCAAUAAAUACUGCGACUCCCACUCUGAUACCACAGAAACAAACUUCAACAUGACAAGAUAUUCAGCUCCCAUGAACAAUGAGCCUACUGAUAGACUUUGUGAGCAUAUUGAUAGCAGUUUUAUAACUAUACUAUGUGAGAACGAUGUGGAUGGGCUCUUAACUAAAUCUUCAAAAGGGCAGUGGCAUCAAGUUAUCCUAAGCAAUAACACUUUCAUCGUUUUGGCCGGCUUCUUAAUUAGGGCUUGGAGUAAUGGUCGUCUUCAUGCUUGUCCACAUAAGGUAAUUGUUAGGGGCUAUAAGGCACGACAAUCUUGUGCCUUGUUCCUGCGUGCUAAGGGUGAUCAGAUUGUAGAGACCCCUCGUGAGCUCGUUGAUGAAGACCACCCUCUUCGUUUCAAGCCAUUUCGUUAUCAAGAUUUUCGCCAGUAUAGUGUAGCGCAUCGGUUUGCUGAGGACUCACUGGAUAAGUUUGCAGGUGUCUGAUUUAGUAGGUUCAAUAAUGCAUCAACCCGCAAUGAACAACUUCAUUGGGAACUCAUCGCUCUAUUAAUUUUUAUUAGGAAAGCAUUUAUUGUUCUCUAAAUGAACUGUUUGUUCCUUCAAUAAAAUAAUAUGUUGUUACUCCCAU